AUGACUGCUAAAAGAGGCAGACUAAGUGCACUGCAUGAAGCUGACCACUGCUUUGAUCUGCUUGUCGCCCACGGGCUUCUUAUACCAAUGGACAUGGCUGUUACAGGAAAGGUGAAGAGCUGUAAAAUGCAUCAGAUCAUCCAUGACAUUGUUACAGAGAUUGCAACAGAUGAUAAUUUUGUAAAGAACAGCCAUCAGCCAGACUUGGCUCAUCGCCUUUCUAUUCACUAUGAAGUCCAACCACAGCAAGCUGAGAAGGAGCAAUAUGCAACUUGUUCCAUAGCCUGUUGGGAUAUUUGUCGCCAUUCCAGUCCAAGUGACAAAACAACAGUUGAACAGUCCAAUGCCACGGCCACUCAAGAGUUUUUGGAGUCCCUUCCUUCGUCGACUCACUUGGGGGUUCUGAAGGUGCUUGAUCUAGAAAACUGCAACGAAUUGAAGGACCACCAUCUGAAAAACAUUUGCAACCAUGUAUUCCACCUCAAGUACUUGAGCCUUCGGAAAACUGGCAUUACUCAACUACCCAAGCAGCUUGACAAGCUUCAGUUCCUAGAGACCUUGGACAUUCGUGAAACAGAAGUAAAAGCAUUCCCCAAAAAUUCAGUUUUUCUGCCAAAGCUAAAGCAUCUACUUGCUGGCCAGUGGACUGAUGACACAACCCAAGGUAGCGUCCAAUCUAAAGAGAUGUUUCUCACCGUGUCGCUGCCCAAACGUAUCGGGAACAUGACAGAACUGCAGGUGCUAUCUCAUAUUGCAGUUUCUGGCAAAGGCGAUGAAAUAAUUGAUGUUGGCAACCUACUCCAGUUGGUUAAGUUGGGUGUGGUUCUCUCUGGGAGCAAGAGAUCAGUCUUCUGGCAUUUGUACCAUGCAAUUGGAAAGCUUAGAAAAUGUCUUCGCUCACUGUCAAUCCGUGUCACAGAACUGACAAGCAACGAAGAGGAUGACAACAUGAACAUUGAAGAAGCACCCCUCAUACAUCCCAAGUAUCUUCAGAAGCUAAAAAUCAGUGGCCUGAAAUAUGGAUUGCCCUCAUGGAUUAAAAAGCUCGAUGUCCUUACCAAAAUAACCCUCCAUAUGACUUUCAUAACGGAUGAUGACUUCAAAAUCCUCGGAGAGCUUAAAAGCUUGUCCUGCCUUAGGCUCCAACGAGAGUCAUGCAAUGAAAGCACACUCACCUUCAAAAAAGAUGCAUUUCAAAGUCUCAAGUUCCUGGAUAUUGAGUGCUCAGCCAUUACCAGUAUCAAAUUUGUCAAAGAGGCAUCUCCUAUGCUGAAGAAGUUAGUUUGGUCUUCUACUCGUGAACAGUCUCUUUCUGGGAUUGAGGACCUUCCAAGUUUCCGAGAGCUCAAGUUGACAGGCAUCUUUGACUUGCAAAGUGUGGAACAAGCAAUUGCAGCAAACAAGAACAAGCCUAUCUUGGUAGCAGACCGAAUAAAUGCUUAG